CCCACCGCACGCACGGGCACGGCCACGUCGCGCUCCGCUCUACCGCCUCCGCGCGGCCAAUGCCGACGCCACCACCCGCCCCCGCGCGCCUCCUCCACCUCGCGGCCCCGCUCCUCGUCGUCCUCGCCCUCGCCGCCGGCGUCGCCAAUGCCGCGACGCCGCCGUCCCCGGCCGACGCGCUGCUGGCGUGGAAGUCGAGCCUGGGCGACCCGCCGGCGCUGUCCACCUGGGCGGACGCGGCCUCGCUCUGCACCGGCUGGCGCGGGGUCGCCUGCGAUGCCGCCGGCCGCGUCACCUCCCUCCGGCUCCGCGGCCUCGGCCUCACCGGCGGCCUGGACGCGCUCGACGCCGCCACACUCCCGGGCCUCACCUCCCUCGACCUCAACGGCAACAACCUGGCCGGCCCCAUCCCGGCGUCGCUCUCGCGGCUGCGCGCGCUGGCCGCGCUCGACCUGGGCAGCAACGGGCUCAACGGCACCAUCCCGCCGCAGCUCGGCGACCUCUCCGGCCUCGUCGACCUCCGCCUCUACAACAACAACCUCGCCGGCGCCAUCCCGCACCAGCUGAGUAAGCUCCCAAAGAUCGUCCACUUCGACCUGGGCUCCAACUACCUGACCAACCCCGACAAGUUCGAGUCGAUGCCCACCGUCUCGUUCCUCUCGCUCUACCUCAACUACCUCAACGGCAGCUUCCCGGAGUUCCUGCUCCGCAGCAGCAACGUCACCUAUCUCGACCUGUCGCAGAACUUUUUCUCCGGGCCGAUCCCGGACUCGCUGCCGGAGAGGCUGCCGAACCUGCGGUGGCUCAACCUGUCAGCCAACGCGUUCUCCGGCAAGAUCCCAGCGUCGCUCGUGAGGCUGACGAGGCUCCAGGACCUGCACAUCGGCGGCAACAACCUCACCGGCGGCGUCCCGGAGUUCCUUGGGUCGAUGUCGCAGCUGAGGGUUCUUGAGCUCGGCGGCAACCAGCUCGGCGGGCGGCUCCCGCCGGUUCUUGGCCGGCUCAAGAUGCUGCAGCGUCUCGACGUGAAGAACGCCGGUCUGGUCUCCACUCUGCCGCCGGAGCUCGGCAGCCUCAGUAACCUCGACUUCGUCGACCUCUCCGGUAACCACCUCUCCGGGAGCUUGCCGGCUUCCUUCGUUGGGAUGCGGAAGAUGCGGGAGUUCGGCGUAUCGUUCAACAACCUCACCGGCGAGAUCCCACGGGCGCUGUUCACGGGCUGGCCGGAGCUCAUAACGUUCCAGGUGCAGAGCAACUCGCUUACGGGCAAGAUCCCACCGGCGCUCGGCAAGGCGACGAAGCUGCGAAUCUUGUAUCUCUUCAGCAACAACCUUACCGGCUCUAUCCCGACGGAGCUCGGCGAGCUGGCGAACCUGAACGAGCUGGAUUUGUCAGUGAACUACCUCACCGGGCCGAUACCCAGCUCGUUCGGCAACCUCAAGCAGCUCACCCGGCUGGCGCUCUUCUUCAACGGGCUCACCGGCGAGAUCCCGCCGGAGAUCGGCAACAUGACGGCGUUGCAAAUCUUGGACGUCAACACCAACCUACUGGAAGGAGAGCUGCCUUCCACAAUCUCAUCGCUGAGGAACCUCCUGUACCUGGCAUUAUUCGACAACAACUUGAGUGGCACCAUCCCACAGGACCUAGGCAAAGGGCUGGCAUUGACCGACGUGAGCUUCGCGAACAACAGUUUCUCCGGCGAGCUGCCACGGAGCCUCUGCGCUGGCUUUGCGCUGCAGAACUUCACCGCGAACCAGAACAAAUUCAGCGGCACGCUGCCACCAUGCCUACGGAACUGCACUGUUCUGUACCGUGUGAGAUUAGAUCAGAAUAACUUCACUGGCGACAUCUCAGAGGCAUUCGGUGUCCAUCCCAAUUUGGACUACUUGGACGUCUCAGGAAACCAUUUGACAGGGAGACUUUCAUCGGAUUGGUCAAAAUGCAACAAUCUCACAUCUCUAUUCAUCAAGGCAAACAACAUAUCUGGUAAUAUUGAUGCGUCCUUCUGUAGAUUAUCUUCUCUGAGGUCACUGGAUCUUUCAAAUAACCAAUUGAGUGGGGAGCUCCCAGGUUGCUGGUGGAAUUUACAAGCUUUGGAAAUUAUGGAUGUGUCUAGCAACAUCUUUUCAGGUGAAUUUCCAGCCUCAGCAAACGAUGAUUUGCCUCUCCAGUUGCUUCAUGUUGGUAAGAACAACUUCUUUGGAGUUUUUCCACCGAUCAUUCAGAAAUGCAUGAUGCUCAGGACCCUUGAUCUUGGGGAUAACAAUUUCUUUGGCGAUAUACCGUCUUGGAUUGGAACAAGUGUUCCACUUAUAAGAGUUCUCAGGCUUCGAUCAAAUAAUUUCACUGGUAUUAUUCCUUCGGAGCUAUCUCAACUCUCUGAUCUUCAUUUACUUGACAUAGCCAAUAAUAACUUCAUAGGAUCCAUCCCGAGAUCAUUUGGCAACUUAUCAUCAAUGAAACAACCAGAAAAGGCUUUCAUGGAAUCUUUUCAAAAGCUUGAUAUCCAUUUGCUUGCAUUGGUCCAAGAAAGUCGGGUUUCCGUGUUUUCAAGGAGGACUGAGCCCAAGAACCCUAAUGAUGAGUAUCGAGAUAGGGUUAACAUAUUCUGGAAAGGCAGUGAACAAACUUUUCAGAGGACUAUUGAGUUUGUAACAGGUAUUGAUUUAUCAAGCAAUUCACUUUCUGAUGGCAUCCCCGAAGAGAUAGCAUACCUUCAAGGUCUCCGGUUUUUGAACUUGUCAAGAAAUAAUCUAUCAGGCAGUAUUCCAGAAGGAAUUGGCAGCUUGAAUCUGUUGGAGUCCCUUGACUUCUCGUGGAAUGAGCUUUCAGGUGUCAUUCCUCGGAGCAUUUCAAAACUGUCGUGCCUCAGCAUGUUAAACCUGUCAAACAAUCAAUUGUGGGGUGAGAUACCCACAGGAAGCCAGCUUCAGACGCUUGUUGAUCCAUCGAUUUACGGAAACAAUUUGGGGCUCUGUGGCCCCCCUUUGAGUGUACCAUGUUCUGAUUGGAAUAAAUUUGGGAUGACUGAAGACCGUAGAGAAGUUACAUGGUUAUGUUACUCUGUAAUUCUUGACUUCGUUUUUGGAUCCUGGCUUUGGUUUGGAGCUCUAGUAUUCCUGGAGUCCUGGAGGUUUUUGGUUUUCCAGUUUGCUGAUUGCUUAGGAACGAACUAAGGUUAUGCAAAAAGUGUCAUGAAUCAAAUUUUUUGUUCAUAUGUGAAGUAAAAAUUUAUGUUCAGAUGUGAAACAGAAGGACAUAAGGCAGAUGAUGUGCCUUUUUGCUGAGAA